CCCGCUCGGCUCUGAUAUAUAAAGAGGAAAGCGAUUUCAUAAACACACAACACACAUCUCUCCCGCUAUUCCUCUGUUUCCAUAAAACAAAGAGGAAGCCAUCCUCUUGUCUUUUUAUAUUCUCCGGUGGAUCAUCUGCUGACACAUUCUUCUAUAUAUAUGGAUACGUCUAAGAACAAGGGAAAAUCCAUCAUGAGCUUCUGUACCAGCGAAGUAGAUAAUCAUGAGAUGGAGCCAGAGGAGGCUACAGAUAGUUCAGGUUCUGACAUGUGGAAGCCAUUUGUCGGAGAAACAUCCUCGACGUCGCAGAGAAGCCUUAGAAAGAUUAGGACCAUUGACCGACAUAACCCUUAUCUUCUAUCCUCUUCUUAUGUUACUCAUGAUCAGCCUCCACCAACUACUUCCCUUUCCGUUUCUUCAAGGGUCGCUUUUCCCUUUUCCCUUGCUCCACCAUCUAUUCAGAACCAGCAACAGUUUUCAUACCCGUGUGACCACCCCGCGAGGCAAAUGCAAAUGAUCUCGUUUGGUCCUAAACGGCAGGUGCAACAGCAGCAACAGCAACAACAUAUGAUGCAGUACUGGAGGGACAUACUGAGCCCGAGCGGAAGAAUGAUGAUGAUGAACAUGCUAAGACAAGAAGGUAAUGAUCUGCCACUGCCACUGCCACUUCAACUAACGAGAUCGCUAAUCCAACCCUUCAGCGCCACCAAGCUGUACAGAGGGGUCAGACAACGCCACUGGGGGAAAUGGGUCGCUGAGAUCCGCAAGCCAAGAAACAGAACACGUCUCUGGCUCGGGACAUUUGAUACAGCAGAGGAGGCCGCUAUGGCAUACGACCGGGAGGCCUUUAAGCUGAGGGGAGAGACCGCAAGGCUUAAUUUCCCGGAACUCUUUCUGAAUAAGCAAGAGUCAACUCCACUGCAUCAGAAAGAGUCUGCUGCGGAGGCAAGGGAGAGAGGAACUGACCAUUCGAGCGUGGUGGCAGCGGGAGGGGUGAGUGAUGAGACCGGUUGGUCUGAGGCAUGGUUCAGUGCAAUUCCAGAGGAGUGGGGACAAGGAAGCCCUCUCUGGGAUGAUUACCACUUUCCUAUUUCUUUUAACCACAAUGAGAAGGGAAGAGAUCAUGAACAAGAACCACCCCAACAAAAAUAAACUCUGAAUUCUUAUGAUAAUUUUGCAAGCUAGUUUGUACUUUCACUUUAUCAGUCCUCCUAUCAUACAUAGACAAUUAGGUAGCUGUAUGCAUGACUUGUGAUUUGGAUGGAGACAGUUUUUGUCAUCUCCUACCAUAACUCCUACAUUCUGAUUCUCUAUUAUCGGUGUAGUUUUUGUUGAUAGGUAAUUGUGAGGAUCUAAUGGGAGCCUUGUUGGUGUUUGUGCUUUUCCAA